AUGUUGGAUAUUCUAUCAGAUGAUGUCAUUUGGCGUUUAUUUCGAUAUCUCGAUGUAAAAAGUAGGACACGAUUUGCUGCUGUCAAUACUACCUUUUAUAAUUUAUUCAAUAAGUGGGAAGAUGUGUUAUGUUGUUCAAUUCGUGUUGAUGGCAUCACUUUGUCCGGAAAAGGUUUUAUAUUAGAAGUGGAUCAGCAUUCAGAAUCGAUAAUAGUGCCACUCCUGAAACGAUGUCCGUUAAUCCGGAAAUUAGCAAUACAUGAUGAAAAUGCGCUCCGUAAUGUAAAUAGCAAUGUGCUGCAUAAUUUACUGAAUGUUCAUGAAAUUUACAUUUCGAGUAAUUUUUUCACUGACAGUCGAUAUGAUUCAGUAAUUGAAUCGCUUUUUUCAUUUUCAAAAUUACAUUUACUUCAUAUACAACAACGAUAUAACGAUGAUAAAUGUCACCGGAAUAUCAUCUGUGAACGACAGGUGGCAAAACUUACUUCAACAUCUCUUAGUGAUAUUAAAUUACAGGGUGUUGUAGUAACAGGAUCAGUUUUAAAAUUAUUUUGUUUCAAAUAUCAGAAAACAUUGGAAAAAUUAUGUUUAUUAGGUGCACUUAUACCAUCUGAAGAUGCGCCUAUUUGUUUUCAAGCUAUAAAUAACUUGGAUCAUUUAACUUGUCUAACAUUGGCACCAUCGUUAUAUUCAAUUAGUACUACCAAUAAAGCAUUCUUUAAAAAUUAUCCAUCAUUAAAGAAUUCAAAAAUGUUAAAAUUAGUAGCAGUAUAUGUGUCAAAGCCAGAUAUAUCACAGCUAAAGUUAUUCCUUCAACAAAUACUUCCAUCUAAUGUUGAACAAUUAAUACUUUAUGAUGAAAGCUAUCGUAUAGCUUAUCAAAUUGAGCAAGAAUUAAAUGAAUUCAAAUGCAAGAUUCAUUUUUGCCGUGCUGAUGAUAUAAUCAUUGAUAGCUACUGGAUGAAUGGUAAAAGUGAAUUGAUAACACACACAGUGUGGAAACCACCAUAUAAAAUUAAUACUUACUUACCAGCAAUGUUACCAGAAUGGUAUUGCGUAUUGAGCGAACUUAUGGAAACAGCACGAAUCGAUGAAUCACCAAGCCGUUCUUCGUCGAGCGCUGAUACCGCGCGGAAUAUAUCGCAAUAUAUUGAUGAAUGCACCGGUACGGAUGAUUCCGCAUCAUGUAGUAGCGGAAAUGAAACAGUUCAAGACCUGUACUCAGUGCAAGAUAAAACACUAAAACAUUGCAAGAUAUAA